CCAGCAAUAAAGCAUAUUCUGAUGUCAUUGACGAUACAUAUUCCAGUGGUGCCUUCUUCUAAGUCUAUAUGCUUUUGAAUUUAUCUGUAUUGAAGUAGGAGCACGCGUGAUAUUUCCCAGCAACAUACAUUUUGUAAUUUCGUCUCCAGCAACAUUGAACCUCUUAAUUCUUUCAUGCAUCAACAAUAAUAAUUCACCCAACCUCCCAUUCACCCGUUCAUUACUAUCGACAUUACUAUUUCUCAUCAUCACUUUCGGUGGUGAUAUUCUGUUCAUUUCAUAACAUUCGUAUCAUUAUUAGCCAACAUGAUGGCUCCCGUCUGGCAUAAGUCUCUCAUUGUCUGGCUCUUGUUAGCCGUGACAGUGGCUUUAGCAGGUUCGCCUUUACGAAACAUCAUGUAUCUCACGGGACAGCAUCCUGUAACACCCGACCUUCACCUAAGCUCUCCGAUUACUCAUGUUGUCUUGGCAUUUAUGAGUCCCGAACUCUUCAAUCAGGAAGAAGUCAAUUCUACAUGGCCAAUCUAUAUGUCUGUCGAAGAAGCACGUACCAAAUUCAAACCCGGUACUCAGGUUAUGGUUGCAAUUGGAGGUUGGGGAGCUACUGGUUUCGACGUCGCCGCUGAAACAGACGAGAGCCGGGCUAGAUUUGCUCGCAACGUAGCCACCAUGGUCAAGGACACGGGUGCUGAUGGUGUCGAUAUUGACUGGGAGUAUCCGGCGGGCAAUGGUGAUGACUGGAAGAAGGUCCCUAACGAAGAGAAGGCCUGGGAAGUUGCCGCGUAUCCAAAAUUACUCAAUGAAAUACGAAAAGCCAUUGGUCCGAACACCCUCAUGUCGGCAGCAGUGCCUGGCCUUCCUAGGGACAUGCUCGCCUUUAAGCCCGAGACCGUACCGGCAAUUAUGGAAUCCCUUGACUUUUUGAACGUUAUGGCUUACGACCUAAUGAACCGCCGCGACAAUAUAACCAAGCACCACACCGGCGCUCAGGCUAGCUUGGAAUCAGUACAAGCGUAUACGGACAACGGCGCGGCCCCUGAUAAAGUCAACUUAGGAUUUGCCUUUUACGCCAAAUACUUCCGUACCGAACACGAUUCGUGUGUCGCAAAUCCCAUUGGAUGCCCCACAGGCUUAUUGGAAGACCCGGACACCGGAGCUGACCUAGGUCGAGCAGGCUCCUUUGCGUGGCGUGAUGAGGUCCCGAAAGAGGUCGAAGUAUCAUUCAACAAGGCCAUGAAAGAAGGAAAAUACGAUGAAGUUGGCGGUGGUUAUUAUUAUUGGGAUGAAGAAGAAAGUAUCUGGUGGACAUUUGACACGCCACUAGCCGUCGCCAAGAAGUUUCCUCGUAUCGUGGAAAAAGAACAGCUAGGUGGCGUGUUUGCGUGGGGGCUAGGUGAAGAUGGACCUGAAUUUUCUCACCUAAAAGCACUCAACGCUGGAGUAAAGAGCGUCUCUAGCAGAAAGGAAGAGCUAUAGGCGCAUCGUUUCCCGCGUUUGAUUUGCAAUAAUGGAGAGGGGUCCUAUCCUACUUGAGUAUUCGUAAUUGUUGUUAGUAUACUGCUACCUACAGAAUACAGGAUCGUUUUACGAA